AAGUAUUAAACACACCUCAAAUUGUGUGUGUCUGCGUAUAUGUGUGGCCAGGGAACUGGUCCAACUGGUUGGUUCACAACAUCGUUUCCUUGUAAUGAGUCGCACGGUUUGGUAUGGCUCACUUUAUCACAGCAGGAAGAAGACAAAGGAAUGGCCACUUCUAACAGUUCUUCGUCUGAGGAGAACUUUUCAUGUCCCAUCUGUCUGGAUGUGUUCAACAGCCCAGUCUCCACACCAUGUGGACACAACUUCUGCAGAACCUGUAUUACAACGUUCUGGGAUGACAAAGACCAGUACAAAUGUCCUGUUUGCAACGAGAUCUUCCAAAUAAGACCUGAUUUACGGGUCAAUACCCUCUUUUCAGAGAUGGUUGAUCAGUUUACAACGUUCAUACGAGUUAAAGAGCAGCCUUGUGUUGAACCUGGAGAAGUUCCCUGUGACGUCUGUACUGGGACCCAGCUGAAGGCCGUGAAGUCCUGCCUUGUGUGUUUUAUCUCUUACUGUCAGACCCACCUGGAGCCCCAUCAGAGAAUUGCAAUUCUGAAGAGACAUCAACUGGUCCAGCCUAUGAACCAUCUGGAAGACAGGAUGUGUAAGAAACACAACCAACUUCUGGCGCAAUUCUGCCAGACUGAACAGGCGUGUGUGUGUCUGUUCUGCACAGAGAUGGACCACAAGUCCCAUCCUGUUGUACCGUUAAAGGAGGAAUAUGAAGUUAAGAUGGCCCAGCUGGGGAAGAUGGAGUCUGAAGUUCAGCAGAUGAUCACGGAGAGACAACAAAAGAUUCAGGAGAUCAAAGACACAGUUAGACUCAUCAAAGCAGAUGCAGACAGAGAGAUAGCCGAUGGUGUGGAGGUCCUCACUGCACUGAUACACUGUAUUGAAAAGUGUCGUGAUGAUCUCAACAAAAUGGUAAAAGAGAAGCUGAAAUCAACAGAAGAACAAGCUGAAGGCCUCACAAAAGAACUUGAGCAGGAAAUAGAAGAACUGAACAAAAGAAGCUCAGAGGUGACGCAGUUCUCACACAGUGAAGACCACCUCUUCUUCCUCCAGACUUUCAUGUCCCUGAAGAAUCCUCCACCCACCAGGGACUGGAAAACGGUGGAGGUCCGUCACCCAUCAUACGUAGGGACCUUGAGGAGUUCUCUGGAUCAGCUGAAGGAGACACUGGACAUGGAGAUGAAGAAGGUGCCUGACCUGAAAUCAGCUCUAGAAAAGUAUGCCUGUGAACUCACACUGGACCCAAACACAGCCCACAGACGACUCUCUCUGUCUGAGGACCACAGAACGGUGACGAUGGUUGGAGGGGACCAGUCGUAUCCGGAUCACCCAGAGAGAUUUGAUUCCCGGUCCCAGGUGCUGUGUAGAGAGGGUCUGACUGACCGCUGUUACUGGGAGGUAGAGAGGGAAGGACGUGUUUCUAUAGGAGUGACAUACAGAGAAAUCACAAGGAAAGGAAGGGCUAAUGACAGCAGGCUUGGAGGGAAGAACACGUCCUGGAGUCUUCAAUGUUCUGAUGAUGGUGUAUACAUUUCUCGGUACGACAAUAGUGGAAAAGAGAUAUGUCUCCCCCCCGCUGGCUCUAACAGAGUUGGAGUGUAUCUGGACCGGCCUGCUGGCACUCUGUCCUUCUACAGAGUGUCCCCAGAUGUAGGAGGGUCCUCAGACACACUGACACACAUCCACACCUUCCAGUCCACCUUCACCCAGGACCUCUACCCUGGGUUUGUGUUAGGGCCUGGUUCCUCAGUUUGUCUGUGUCAUUCGUAUUAACACACACACGCGCACACACACACACACACACACACACACACACGCACACACGCACACACACACACACACACACACACACACACACACACACACACACACACACACACACACACACACACACACACACACACACAUAUUUUUAGAAAUGUUAAAUUUCACAUAUUUACAAAAUAUUUACAAAUAAAUGUAAGGCAUGUACAGUUGUUACACUAAUCACUAUAGUCCAUCUCAUCAACUAUCCCCCAGUUGCAGUGGCCCUUAAUUCUCUAAGAAACAGCCCGGAUCAUACCAUUCUGCCGCAUAACAUAAUAAGAUUGGAAUGAUCUCUAUUCUAGAUCUAUUAGGCAACAUUAAUUUCCCCAUAAAUAUUACGAUAACAUAUACUUCACAUCCCCAGAGACCGUGUCAUUAUAGAGCUCUUAAGGCACACCUCACACCUAAAGUUGGCACCUUCCAGUCUGCGGUGCUCAUGCUCAUGAUUACUAAACAAUUUAACGUACAUAGUAACACCACUCUGCCAAACAGAGCUUUCAGACAAACGGUAAACUAGAGUAACUUCCCACACAAAGUAGCAAGUUAGUGUGCAGGAAAAUGUUUAUGUGUUGCUUGGCAACAGCCCGGUCCCAGCCCAAUUGUGGAACUAUUUGUGUUGGUUGAUCAAGAAAGAUGAUUAAACAAACAAACAAAUCAUAAUCGCUUUUUACUCUUUACUUGUAGAAUUGUUGUAUAAAAGCUAUAUCACACUCUUAUUUUGAUAAUUCUAACAUGGUACCUAAUUUAAAGCAGAUUUAAUAUUGUAUUCAAAAAUACAAGCGGUCUAUGGGGAAGCUGAUGAUGUUUAUGUUGUGAAUAACUUUAAACUGAAUAUAGAUUAAUUGUGUUAUUUUGGGAAAAACAUAGCAGCAAAACAUGUUCAGUUAUUAAAGAUAUGUGCACAUCUGUAUCAUUUUGAUGUCUGGUUCUGCUAUUAUUUUAGUUGUUCUGUUUAUUAUGUCAGCGACAAAUUAUUCAUUAUUAAUUAUCAUCAAUAAAGCAUCAUGAUAAACAAGUUGA